AUGGCAGCCACCACCAAAAUUCUUGCCACGCUUCUGCUCGUCGGCCUCAUCGCCCAUGGCAAAGCUUCGAACUGUUCAUUAAGAGACAUAUCAGUGAGCCAAAGCAGGACUGGAGCGACGGUACAGAACAAACCAGAAUGGAUCGUGACGAUUGAAAACAAGUGUACGUGCGUUCAGUUGGAUCUCAAGUUGAACUGUGAGGGUUUUCAGACAGUAGAGAACAUUGAUCCUUCAGUGUUCAAAGUCUCGAGAGAUGGUCUCUGUCUUGUUAAUAAUGGUCAAACUGUCUACAAUGAACCACUCACAUUCAAGUAUGCUUGGGACAACUCUUUCCCUUGUUCUCGUCGUUGA